GAAAUGAUAGCGAAAGAGAAGUUAACUCAGAUAAAAGUCUCUGCAGAUUUGGGGGUACCCUGCAGUCGGAGCUUCCCAGGCCAGCCAGGAUAGCUGCAUCCAGGCCUUUCCUGUUGCUGGUCAAGAGAUCUUAAGGCUUUGACAUCAUCCCUCACCCCCCACCCCCGACUGAAGACCUUACUCAACAAGUUGCAAAUGAACUUCCAGAGCCAGAAGAAGUCCAGUGGAGGUUUUUAUGGGCAUCUCUCCAGCCCUACUUCAGGAAUGCAUGAAAUGAAUAUUGGCCCGAUCCUCUUCCAAGUGGCCAUGGGGGACAUCACUAAAGAAGAGGCAGAUGUGAUUGUCAAUUCAACAUCAAACACAUUUAAUCUCAAAUCCGGAGUCUCCAAAGCAAUUUUGGAAGGUGCAGGACCAAGUGUGGAAAACGAAUGUUCUAUCUUGGCUCAGCAGAACAAUGAGUACAUAGUUACUGAAGGUGGAUCACUGAGAUGCAAGAGUAUUAUUCACGUUCAUGGUGGGAAUGACGUGAAGAGAUCAGUUUCCUGUGUUUUGGAAGAAUGUGAACAACGGAACUACUCAUCCAUUUGCCUACCAGCCAUUGGUGCAGGAAGUGCUCAACAGGAUACUUAUUUAGUUGUUAAAUCCAUAAUGGAUGCCAUUGAGGAAUUUAUUCAGAAAACAUCAGUGCAGGCUGUGAAGAAAGUGAAAGUUGUUGUCCUCCAUCCUCUUAUUCUGGAUAUUUUUUAUAACACUAUGAAAGACAGAGAAGGCUCCCAGGCUUCUCCCCUGUCGCCACUGAUGCCUAAGACUACCUCGUUUUUUGACUUUCCAAAGCACACUUCCUCCAAAGAGAACAUCCUGUCUUUGGAGAAGAAAGUAAAGAAGAGAGAUUUCCAGGUAUGUGACAAAGAAGAAGACAAUGUGGAACGCACGAUCUCCUGGAUACAGAAUCUGAUCACUCAGGAGCAGCAUUCCUAUCGCAGUGACGAUGAGUGUGUCAGAGACUUUGGUGAGAAGGAGUACAAGAAGCUGAAUGAGCUGCAGGAGAGGCUGGAUGUUGUCAUUGAGCUGGACCAGAAGGCACCUUUGAUUGAAGUUGCAGGAAUUAGCAGAGAUGUGAUAGAAGCUAGAGAUGAGAUUGAAAACCUGAUCAGGAGCAUCCGAUUGGCUAAAGAGAAGGAAAGCCGGGCAGACUAUGUCCUCACAUUCGUGGAAUGGCGAUAUAUUGACAACAACGUCAUACACUGUUUCGACAAAAUAACUAAUAUGCAGUUGGAGGACGCUCGGAAGGGAAAGCACACAAGCACUGUUGUCAGAAUUAAUAAUCAGGACUUCACAGUGAACUUGAGGGCGAACAUGGCCACAGGCCCUCAAGGACAGAGUGUCACAGUUCAGCGCCUCUUAAAAGAUGGAGCUGAAAUCCCUUCAAAUUGGAGUGACAUGAGGCAGAAGAAAUUGUUUGUGGUCAGUCUGCAAACAAAUGAUCCUGAGUAUAUCAUGGUGGCAAGCAAAUUCCACCAGACCUGCCAGAAGUUUGUCAUAGAGAACAUUGAAAGAAUCCAGAAUCCAGCUCUCUGGAGGAAGUACCAGGCAAACAAAAAAAUCAUGGAUGAAAAGAAUGGCCAUGAAAGAAAUGAGAAACAACUCUUUCAUGGGAUGGAAGCUAGCUCUAUUCCACAUCUCAAUAGCAAUGGAUUUAACCGCAGCUAUGCUGGGAAGAAUGCCAUGCUGUAUGGGAAGGGGACCUAUUUUGCUGUCAAUGCUUCCUAUUCAGCUGAUGAUAAAUAUUCCAGACCAGACGCCAAUGGGAAGAAGUAUAUGUAUUACGUGCGGGUUCUCACUGGGAACUACACAACUGGAAACACAUCACUGAUUGAACCUCCUUCAAGGGACCCUCAAAAUCCUACUGACUUGUACGACACUGUCACAGAUGAUGAUAAAAACCCAAGUUUAUUUGUAGUGUUUUAUGACAAUCAAGCAUACCCGGAGUACCUCAUCACUUUUAGGCAGUGAUACUUCAGGGCACCUUCAUGCAUCUGCUGCAAGACAGAUUUUAGCAGUUUCUGCCUUACACUGUCUCUAAGAGCACAAGGUCUUUCUUUGCCGUGGACAUGUUUCCUCAGCUGCUCCUCCAUUGUGGAAAUGAAUCUACUUGAGAGUCAAUCAACUUGAGAAUUUAAAUCAGGUAACAGCUGAAGCUGUGCUGUCUCAAAUGUAACAGUAACAUCCUCACGGACUUUCAUAAAGCCACACAAUUUGGGCUGCCACCAGUGGAACCGUGAUAGAGUGACACCAUGCCAUGGGGACACACAGUGUCAGUGAGCCAGUAACCUCUUUCUUCACUAACAGUCCUGUGCCAUGUGGGCUGGACAGCUCCAGGCAGGGCUAUGUACAAGCUGGAUGCUGACAGAUGGCUCGUGGUCUGUGUGAACUGAGCCACAAGGAGGGACACAGCUCCAAAAUCAUAGCCACAAUUGCCAGAGGCCCUUGCAAUGUUAACCUCAAUGUUCCAGGUACUUAGUAAAAUUAAUGGAUGACGCCUGUUGCAUCUCCAGGGGGAACCCUUCUACCCUGUGACAAUGAGUGAAUGCCAAGGAGAUCCGCUAGCAUCUUUCCCAGGGCAGGCCAGCUUGUGAUGACUUCACAGCUUUGUGUGUAAGCCAAUUAGUCAGGCUGCUAACUCAGUGUCUACUGGAUGGUAAUUCUUUCUUGUGGUACUUGGGACUGAACCUGGGGCCUCACACAUGCCAGGCAAUACUCUACCACUUUGCUACACAGACCCAGCCCUCUUUACUUCUUAUGUUGAGGCAGGAUCUCAUUUAGUUGCACAGGCUGGCUCUGAUAUCCUUCCAUAGCCUUGGUAGGUCUUGAACUCACUGUCUUCCUGCUUUGGCUACUUUUCUGAGGCCUGUGCCACCAGACCUGGCUAACGUUGUUCUUCUAAUUUUCUCCUGUCAAUUUCAGACUCAGUGCUCUUUAUUGAGUGCCUAGACUUUGUCAGGUAGAGUGAGAGAUGCUGUCACAAACCGCAUCAAUAUUCCCAUGAAUAGUGCUUUGGGAAGAGUUUUCCAUAUUUCAGGGCUUAAGGGAACAUGUUCAGAGUACAAGAAACAUCCUUGUCUGAGCUCACCGAGGCAGGAACCCUGAGAACCAGCUUACUGAGUCUUGGUGCUGGUAUACAGCCCUUCUCUGUUCCCACCACAGAACCUGGCCUUGAGAGAAGCAGGUGCUGUUUCGGGCGUCACUCAGUGGCCAUCACACAGUGACUAUCAAUGAGUGGCCAUUACACAGUGUUUAUCACAUGGUGGUCAUUAUAUGUGACCUUCAAACAGUGACCAUCACAUGGUGUCCAUCACACAAUGUCCAUCAUUCAGUGGUCAUCACACAUUCGCAAGUGAUCUAUGAAGCGAUCUCCAAUUUCCGUAGCAUUUUUCUUUCUGACUUUGAUGAAUUGGGUGUUCUGUAGGUCAAGGAGCUAGAGUUGUGCAAUCUUUGCAGGUGGUAAAUCCUGGGUAUUGAUCACACCAUAGGGACCAACAGUGCACCUCAAGUGGAGCAAGGGUCACCAUUGCUGCCACAACAACACAUCGGCCUUGGAACCUCUGCUGCUCUUUCUAUGUGGGCUGGCACAGACUGUGGCUUAGGAGGGGCUUGCUUCCUCUGCACUGGCAUCUGAACUCAGUGCCAACAGUGGUCUAAGGAAAUGGAAUACAAAUGAGAGGUCUGUUUUCAUCUGCUUUUGUCCUCCAGUGGUUUAGUUAACUCAGGGCAAGACUGAAUAGCCAGUUGUUACACUGUGGAAUAAAUACCCAACCAGCAAAUUUCACAGUCACCUUCAGCCUUUCCUCACUUCUAGUAAAAUUACUUGAAAAAUG